AGUCGAAUGAAGAGAUGACGGUGGAAGCGGGAAUCGGGUACGCGCUGAUAGCGCUGGGGCCGUCUCUCGCCCUGUUCGUCUCCGUCGUCUCCAAGAAGCCCUUCUUGAUACUCACUCUCCUCUCCAGUACACUUCUAUGGCUUAUAAGUCUGAUUGUGCUGUCGGGAAUAUGGAGGGCAUUUCUUCCUCUGAAGUCAACAAUUUGGUGGCCAUAUGCAAUCCUUAUAAUCACAUCUGUCGGAUUGCAAGAAGGGCUUCGAAUCUUUUUAUGGAGAGCUUACAAGAGGCUGGAAGAUGUUCUGGAUGCUUUUGCUGAAAGAGUCUCAAAGCCUCGCCUUUUUCUUACGGACAAGAUGCAGAUUGCACUGGCUGGUGGUUUAGGCCAUGGUGUGGCUCAUGCUGUGUUCUUUUGUUUGAGCCUCUUGACACCAGCUUUUGGUCCUGCUACUUUCUUCAUUGAUAGGUGCUCAAAGAUGCCAUUUUUCCUCGUUUCUGCAUUGAUCGCUCUUGCCUUUGGCACUAUUCAUACGUUCUCAAUGGUUAUUGCCUUCAAUGGGUAUGCCGAACAGAAUAAAGUUGACCAAGUUUUUGUUCCUGUCGUUCAUAUGGUGGCAGCAUUGAUGACACUGGUGAAUUUCGCUUUGGAGGGUUGCUUGGUUGGAAUUCCUCUUCUUUAUGUUAUGGCGAUCUUGACCUUGAUGCAUUGUGGGAGGAUGGUGUGGAGAAGAUUAACAGAAAACUAAGCUGUGACAAUUAGCUCAUAGUAAAGCAGCAUUUGAUGUAAAGUGACCUCUCAUUUUCUUCUUUCUGUAGUCCGUUCUGCAGCUUCUUUAAAGUUUCUGUUAUUUGGGAAGUGCAACGUCUUAAAAUCCAUGUUCAGACUUUAUUAUAAUUUUGUUUCCUUACGUU